AUUCCGAAUUUCCACAAUUCCCGCCAAAUUUAAUUCUUCAGUGUUAAACAGACGAAAAAUUUAUUGGCAAAUUUCCAAUAAAUUAAUAUCAUUACCUACUCAAAGUUAAAAAUCUAUCUUUAUAAUAAAUAUGGAUAUUAAUGAAAUUACUAAAGCGGCAAGCAGAAAAAGAUUGAAUACGGAAGCUGAAAAUCUCCGUGAGAAAGUGUCUCGAGAAGCAGCAAAAAUAAUAAAAUUAAAGGUUGCUCAGGAUACGGCAUAUUGGGAUCUGAAGGAGAAGUUGCAUCAGGUGGAAAGCAACCAUGAAAGAUUGCAACAAAACAUGGUGGAAGUACAAAUGCAACAUGAAGCUAUCUCCGGCCAAUACCAGGACGAGCUGAGACUGCGCCCUGACACGCUUAACAAAUUGAGCAGCACUAGAGAGAUCUGUGAUGUGCUGGAAAACUAUACUGAGCGGCUUAAAGAAACCCUGGCCAGGUGCAAAGCGGACCAAACAAGUCUUUACGAAGCGUACCAGAAGUUCGGUCAGGUUGUCAGCGAGUUAAAGUUACAACAAACGCAGCUAAAUGAAAAGAACCGUCAGAAAAUCGAGAGUCUACAAGAGAAGGGUAAGUAA